GGAGGGAUGGAGAGGGAGGAGGGAUGGGGAGGGGAGAAGGGAUCGAGGUGUCUCCCUAGCUCGCUGCCUGUGGCAAGUGGAGUUUUCAAAAAGCUCCAGCAGAUCAUGUCAUGACGACUUCGCUGCUCCUGCAUCCGCGCUGGCCGGAGAGCCUUAUGUACGUCUAUGAGGACAGCGCGGCUGAGAGCGGCAGCGGCGGCGGCGGCGGCGGCGGCGGCGGCGGGGGAGGCGGCGGCGCGGGCGCAGCUGGGGGCGGCUGCAGCGGAGCGAGUCCCGGCAAAGCCCAGAGCAUGGACGGGCUGGGCAGCAGCUGCCCGGCCAGCCACUGCCGCGACCUGCUUCCGCACCCCGUGCUGGGCCGCCCGCCGGCUCCCCUGGGCGCCCCUCAAGGCUCCGUCUACACGGACAUCCCAACCCCGGAGGCAGCACGCCAGUGCGCCCCGGCGCCGGCUCCCCCCACCUCGUCCAGCGCCACCCUGGGCUAUGGCUAUCCGUUCGGUGGCAGCUAUUACGGCUGCCGCCUGUCGCACAACGUGAACCUGCAGCAAAAGCCUUGCGCCUACCACCCCGGCGAUAAGUACCCGGAGCCGUCUGGCGCCCUGCCGGGUGACGACCUGUCUUCCAGGGCCAAGGAGUUCGCCUUCUAUCCCAGCUUCGCCAGCUCCUACCAGGCGAUGCCCGGCUACCUGGACGUGUCGGUGGUGCCUGGGAUCAGCGGGCACCCAGAGCCGCGUCACGACGCGCUCAUCCCCGUCGAAGGCUACCAGCACUGGGCUCUCUCCAACGGCUGGGACAGUCAGGUGUACUGCUCCAAGGAGCAGUCGCAGUCCGCCCACCUCUGGAAGUCUCCCUUUCCAGACGUGGUUCCCCUCCAGCCCGAGGUGAGCAGCUACCGGCGCGGGCGCAAAAAACGCGUGCCCUACACCAAGGUGCAGCUGAAGGAGCUAGAGAAGGAGUACGCGGCCAGCAAGUUCAUCACCAAAGAGAAGCGCCGGCGCAUCUCGGCCACCACGAACCUCUCGGAGCGCCAGGUCACCAUCUGGUUCCAGAACCGGCGGGUCAAAGAGAAGAAGGUGGUCAGCAAAUCGAAAGCUCCCCAUCUCCACUCCACCUGACCGCUUACCCGGCCACCCGCCCCGUCUAUUUAUGUUGCCGCUUUGUACCAUAACCGAACCCACUGAAGGACGCUUCGCCGGUGCAGACGAAUAUUUAAUGUUAACAAGAGAAAGGAACCGCGCAGCCGCCGGGAGGCAGAGAGGAUCCGAGAGCGCGCUCUGCCUCCCCUACUCCCCACCGCAUCUUCACUCCGGCUCCCAUGCAGAUGGGACCUACCCGGCCUCAAGGACUUUGGAAAUGGGUCCUGGUGGGCUGCGCGCGAGGAAGGCUGCCGGCCUCCACUCCCCCUCGCCGUCACCCCUCACCUUGCCAGGAAGCCGAGUGGCAACGAAGAGCCCAGUCAUUCCGACCGAAGCAGGGUUGGGGAACCCCAGAUGACCCCAUACUUGCCUCUUCCUUUGCCCAGGCAGGUUGACGACCCUCCUGAGGGUGCGGCCUCAGCGCAGGACCUGGCGAGCUCAGACUUUCCUUCCAGUUCCUCCUCCUGUUCCCUUUCCCUCCCGCACUCCUUUGUUAGGCAAAAUUUCCCAGUUAAGAUUUUCUGUGCAUAUUUUAAAAGUCGCAUUAAUAUUAAUGAUAAUUAUUAGGGAUCUGGCAUCGUGACUGGAGUACAGACAGCGCAAAGGUCUUCUUUGUUUCCUAUCUGUUUCAACAAAAGCUGGAAUUGGCCCAGAAGCCAUCUACCCCCCACCACUUAACGAAGAAACUAAAUUUCUUGGGAGCCGUCUUUGCCCCCACUCCCUCCUCUGUCCUGCUCUCUAA